AUGCUUUUUCGCCAUUAUUUGAAAGAGGAAGGUCAACGCCGUUUCGACGCAUUGAACCUUCUGGAGAAACCUUCAAUUGCCGAAGCCGUUGCAUCUUUUGAAAAGCUGUGGGGCUUGGAACAAAGUGUGUGUGCGCAGCGCGAUAUCAUUUGUUUACACUACUACAACAACGGAGUGGCGUACAGUUUCAUGUCAUCCAAUCACCGUUCAGGAAGCUCAACCAAUGGUACCAAUGGUACACUGGGCGAAGUCAUGAAGUCAUUGCAUGGGUGCCAGUAUUUUUCCAAGAUCGAUUUGGCGGACGCAUACCUACAGAUUCCACUCGAUGUCGAGUCUCGCUACUUGACAACAAUCAACACACCGUGGGGAAUGUAUCAGUACAAUUUCCUCCCAUUCGGAUUGCAUGUGUCGUCUGGCCUCUUUCAAUCGGCAGGCAGUGUAAUCAAAGGACUCGACGGUGUGCUUGCGUAUCAAGAUGACGUCCUCAUUUUCGGCCUUAAUAAGAAAGACUACGAUGCCCGUCUUAUGCAGCUACUGGAACGAUUUGCCACUCGAAACGUGGCUAUCAAGCCGUCCAAAUGUGUGUUUGGAGUGAGUAAGCAAGUCGGAUUAUCGGAGGAAAAGGAAUUUGAUUCUAAAGUUCAUACGAAAUUGCCGCAUGAGCGCCUUUGUGUACCCGGUAUAUUGCUCGAACAGUCCGGAACGCAAACAGCCAUAGAACUUGGCGUUGGAAAAACGGUCCAUCGGCACACGGAUCAUCAUCAUGCGUUAGAAAAUCAUGAAUAA